UUCCCCCUCCCUUGCCAUGAAUUAGGCAUGGAUCAGGAAAGGGAAGGGAAAGGGUUAAUUUCAGUGGGGGAAACCUGAUGCUAAUUAAGCCUUUGGAAUGUCACAUUCUGACACAGAGGCGCAGAUUUGCUGAAGCUUUCAGAGAGUUGGUCAGGGACAGACACAUAGAGAGGCAGAGAGAAAUAAUGCUUCUGCCUGAUGUUUUUAUUCCUCACUGAUAAUUGGAAAAAACAGUCUUAAACUUUGGAGCUAAAGGUAAAGUUGCGCCACUUUAAUUUUGCGCGCAGGAGUUGCAUUUGUUUUUUGUUUCGCAUCCAAAGAGAGGCAAAGAAAAAUGGUUUUACUAACAUGCUCACUUUUGCUGCUGCUCUCUUUGGCGUCGCUGUGCGACACGGCGGAAUCUGUGGCGGAGAUCUGCAGGGGGACGCACUGUUACGGCGCAGAAAUGGCCGAUCCAAGAAGGUGCGUCGGAGCGCACUGUCCGGGGGGCAGAUCCUACAGACCCCCGCGGCAGUUCCACCCAACGACGCAGGGAAGAACAGCGCAGAGUCAGCAUGCGCACCCGAGCGCUCCAAGAGCGGCGCCAGAAGCGCUCCAUGCGCACCGCAGCGGCCGGACGAGAGCGCACGAAGCUGUGCCUGCAAGCUGCGCUGACGGGGUGUGCGCUGGAAAACUGUUUCAACCCGCCAAUGACACCCGAGACUGUAAAGGGAUCGAGUGCAGGCUGCCAGUCAGGAUACGACCAAGACCUCGAGCGCGGGCCUGCGUGGGAGAGGGGUGUCUGGUCGGCACCGAGGACAGCGCGGCCGCCAGCCAGAAUCCUCCUGUGCAUCUGUCCGACAGAGCUGCGCAAUUUCUGGGAGACUUUCCGGAGUUCGGAUAUCCAUCUUCAGAACUUGGCAGCGCGCCACUGGGUGUUCAACUCACAUGUGAUAUCAAACCAGGGGAAAAUGAAGUUCCUUCUGAAGAUGCCCUCAUCCUGCACCUGCAGCUGGCCAAGGGGCAGGAGAAGCUGGUGGAGGCUCUGCGAGCCCAGCAGAUGAUCAUACGUGACUUACAACAGAAGCUUGUUGAUCAGCAGGACUCACUGCUUUCCCAACAGCGGGAGAUUCUGGAGCAGCAGAAACACAUGUACGAACAGAUGGAUGUGGUCAAGGCCCAGUACGGCCUCCUUUCUGACACCGUCAAACAGGUGUCCUUCCAGGGCCUGCAGGGCGAGCUGCAGAGCUACUUCAAGAGCCACCUGGCGGGCCUCCAGAGCCAGGCCCGCAGCCACCUGCAGAAGUCUUAUGCCGUCCACAAAAUGGACGUGGACUCAAAGGUGAUGGAUGUCGUUGGGGAGGCACAUUUUCCUCAGCCACUGCUCAGUUGCCCGUCCCCUUGUGGACUGGAGGAAUUCUGUGAUUUUCAAAGGGAUGAACCUCAGUGUGAGAGGUGCACCAUGUGCCCACCAGGCUUUUUCCUGAUCUCACAGUGCUCUCCAAAUGCUGACCGCAUGUGCCAGGACAGAGAUGAAUGCCUUGAAUUGCCAAACAUUUGUGGAGAGAGGGUGAAGUGCCUGAACACUCCAGGUGGUUUCAGGUGUUUGGGAGUCUCAGAGAGAGAAGCGGUGUUGGGUCUGUGUGGCCAGGACUACUUCUUUAACCAGGAGCUGCAGGAAUGCCAGGCCUGUUCUGACUGCGAUGGUGAACCUGUCACAGUCCCCUGCACGGCUGUCAGGGAUGCUGUUUGUGGCUCGCUCUCAGAAAGUCGACUUUCCCAAUCUUGGAGAGCAAAUGUUGCCAUUCCUUCUGCCAGGACUCCCGGUGCCCACAUCUUCCCUGGGCUUCAGCUUAACAUCCGAAGCAAAGACAGCAGUGAUCUACUGUCAAACAAGGCAGGGCAGAUGACUUUUCUGCAGCAUGGCCUUGUUUGGUUGGAUCAUAACUUUGCCAUAAAACACAGCUGUAGGAACUUCCUUCAGGUGGGCAUGAGAGUCAAUGGGAGCCAAGAAGAGGAGGGUUGGGACCUUAGUGGUGUACGCAUUGAACAGCCAGAUGGAAAAUACUUCCAGGGUGUCACUGUGAGCACUGGCGUGGAGGUGGAGCCAAACAAUACCCUAACUCUUCUGCUGAAGAGCCCGAAUCAACACUGCAACCAGAGCAAGGAUCUUCAUGUCUAUGAUCUCAGCACUCCUUCUUUAAAUGUGCUCUGGUUGUCACAUGAUACUGGUGCUGUGGCUAUGACAGCUCAGAUGUCCUUGUUGGCACACUACCAGACCAGCUACCGUCCUACAUUUCGGAUAACCUCAGUGUCUGACCCGUAUAUGAUUAGCCUGACUCAUGACAACCGUGGGGUGCGCUUCACAGAGAGUGGUGUUGUCAAGUUUGUACUCCAGCAGGCACUGUACGCCAUGGGGCACACCUGUAUCCAACAAGGCUUCUCUCUGAUCGCCUAUACUAACCGCAAUGGGACCGGCCAGGAGGUGAUGCAGGCUUUCAAGACAGGUGUUAACUACAGGGAUACCUCCAUCACACUCUCUGGUACUGUAAGUGUAGAUAGUGGAGAAGCCCUGGGCUUUGAGAUAACAUCACCUCCCCAGUGCAACAUCCGUUACUUUGGAGACAGCACAGGAAUCAGUAUGUUGAGCCUCAUCUGGAUUCCUUCAAGUGUUUCUUCAGCACUGACUGCUACUGUGUCCAAGACGGGACUUCCCUUUGGAGCAGUCAGGAAUAAACCCCUGUUAUUCCAGCAGAUCGGCUCAGACAUACAGCAAGUCCAUUUGGCUCGCUCAGGUGAGCCAAACAGCCACAAGAACUUCAUAUUCCACGAGAAAGGGACAGCAAACAUAGCCCUUAACCUGAAGCUAAUCCACUCUUGUAAUAUAGUAAAACUGACUUUGCAGCGAGUGGCUGGUCCUGAUCAGAAUGGGCAGGCAGGUCCUGUAGCUCAGCAGGUGUCUGGAUCCAUGCCCGAGGACAGUGAGUGGGCCAGCGUAGGCCUGAGAGCCUCGUUUCAGGUCCAGAAUGGCACUGCGGUCUAUGUUACUCUGGACUGUGUUCGUGGACGUGUGAACCAGAUAACUCAUGAAGGAGGUACAAAUAUUUCUAUUCUCUGGGUUGCAGUGUGAUCCAAAGAAGGAUGGAGCCCACUGCCACAUAUACACAGUUUGAUGAGCAAAAGACACUUUACCCUCAAAUGUAUUUGUUGACUGAAAACAAUUUAGUCAUGUUUUGAUCUUGAAUGCGAUGUUUUGUCCUCUUGAUUUCCAGUAAUAUUCUGGCACCUGUUCAGGCUUGUAUUGUGAAAUUGCAUAUUGGUAUAUUUUGAAAAAAGUACUGGUUUUUUUUCAAAGUACUUCAGCUGGUUGAGCCAUGACCAAUUUUUCACUGAGUGGAAGUCUGUGUGUGUGUGUGUGUGUGUGUGUGUGUGUGUGUGUGUGUGUGUGUGUGUGUGUGUGUGUGUGUGUGUGUGUGUGUGUGUGUGUGUGUGUGUGUGUGCGCGCGCAUUCACUUGUUUUCAUCAUGUUCUGGGAA